AUGCUAACAGUCCCUACAGACCUCUCAAUGGCUACAGACAUCCCCCAACUUCCCAAUCCAACGACGCCUCUAGCAUGGCUGCCACCAUCCCUAGCGAGUCAAUUCGAGGUCUCGAGAUAUCUACUGGUCGCAACCUGCGGGAUGUUUUCCUGGGAUAUUCUCAUCAACAUGAGGAACGACUGGAAUCUCUUAAGGAAGCAUAAUAUCCGCCUUCCUACCCUCGUAUAUUUUUUCUCGAGAAUUGCGGCCUUUGCGUAUAUUAUCACGGGAACUGUUUUCACGAUCGGUGCAGUUGGGGAUUGCCAGGCUCUUCAAGUGGCCAUCGGAUGCUGCUAUGCAGCCGCUGUUCCCGCCACCUCCCUCCUGUUUUUCUUUCGGAUCAAGGCCAUAUUCAACAACAAUGUAUACGUUGUCGGUCUUUUUGGAUUCUUGUGGAUCGCCACGCUCGCUGGAUCCAUUACGGUUCCUUUUGCCAUCGAAGGCAUCCACAUAGGAUUAACAGACCACUGCAUCAACUCUGGCGUGAAACCCUUCAGUUCCGCCGGGGUAAUUAUUGCAACCGUUAACGAUACGCUCGUGUUCAUGUUCAUUUCGUGGCGACUAUUGAUGGAUACCACUUAUGAGGAUACCUGGCGUGCUCGUGUUGCCUCUUUCUUCCGAGGAAAGGGCCUUCCAGCUUUCUCUCAAUCCUUGCUACAAAGCGGACAGGAAUAUUAUCUAGUCACGGUGGGCGGGAAUAUUUUGACCAUGGGUAUGAUUCUGGCGCCUGAUUCACUCCCGCCGGUUUUUCAUGCCAUGUUCACUGUGCCCAACAUGGCAAUUAAUAACGCCAUGGCCUGCCGUGUCUAUCGCGACAUCAAGUUCGGACGCAUCUCCUCCACGUCGACGACAGUCCGUACCUUGCCAACAUUUGUUGCAAAACGUGGGGAUGCUGGGAGUGGUGCAACAAAUAGGAAGCAUCGCGAUUUGGAUACCUUCGAGCUCAGCGUUGCAGCAGGAACCCAGUUCGACGAAACUGCCACCCAGGAAAACGGAAUCCGGAUCACCAAAGCCGUUCAACAAUUUCGAGGUUCAGAAGACCCCUUGAAGAUAUCACUCGCCGAUUCGAAUUCGGGGGACACCACUAUUCAUGCUCAUUCUCGGAAGUACAAGUCUUGA